AUGAAAGACAAGAAGUUGAAUGUGAAGAAUCCAUUCGACUUAUUCAAAAAGCCCGGAACUCAAAAGAAUUUUGUUGAUAGAGGAUCUCCUCCCAAGUGUAAAGGAUGUGGAAAGGAGCAUAGGGGUCCGUGUGUUACGGGUGAGGUUAUUUGCUAUAAGUGUGGAAAGUUCGGCCACUACUCCAGGCAGUGUCCUCAGUAUGAAGUGAAGACUAUGACAGUUCAAGCUACUGUUGUUCCUGUCUCAACUGUUCCACCUAUGAUAGAAUGCCAGACAGUUGGUAGAGUGUAUACCAUGGACCGUCAGCAAUCAGAGAAGGCCCCAAACCUUAUAAAAGGUACAAUUUAUAUUGAUAAUAUGGAUAUAGAAGUCUUGUUUGACUCAAGAGCUACACACUUCUGUAUGUCUGAUUUUAUGGCCGUUGGGCUAAAUCUGCAAAUGUACGACAUUUCUCCUCCUAUGAAAGUGGUGACUGCUACUGGAGAGGAGUGUUAUACAUCAGUUUUAUGUAAGGAUGUUGAGUUUAAAUACGAAGGCCGAGGUUACGUGCUGGAUUUUAUCUGUUUGCCUAUG